UCAGGGCACAGAGAACAGUACACCUGUUGCACUUCCCAGGCUGUUUCUCUCUUCCCUUCCUUUUCCCCCUUCACCGGCCUGAGUGCACAGGAGGAGCUGACGGGCCUCGCCAUGGACCCCAAGGAGGCCGGCAAUGGGAGUGAGAGGGAGAAGGAAAAAGAGAAGGAGAAAGUGGUGAAAAGGAGGAACCGGCCUGUGUUCCUGCGUUACCUGGAAAGGAGAAAAACGGACACUAUUGUAGCGGACGACAUGGCCAAAGGUGACAUCAACCUGGGGACGCUGGUGAGGAGGAGCCAGUCUGAUAAGACGGAGUACAGCGCUAAACUUAAAGAAAAGCUGAUGCCACAUGACCUGUCCGCACUCCCGUCGCCGAUACUGGAGCCGGAGGAGGUCCGACUGAGGAAGAUGAACCGCAGGGCAAAGGUCAUAAAGGAGCUCGUGCAGACUGAAAAGGACUACCUCACUGACUUGGAACUGUGCAUCAGAGAAGUGGUCCAGCCUUUAAGAAAUCUGCAGGUUAUAGAUGUAGAUCGAUUGUUUACCAACAUGGAGACGGUGUGCGAGGUGUCUGCGGCUCUCCUUCACCAACUGAAUGCUGCCAUGGCUGACCCGGAUCCAGAAGCAGUAGUGAUAGGCGAAGUAUUUAUCCAGGCAAAGGCAGCUCUAGAAGAUGUAUAUAAGAUUUACUGUUACCACCACGACGAUGCUAACAUGUCACUUAAAUCCUAUGAGAAAGAGGAACAAAUAAAGCAACAUUUUACCACAUGUGUAUUGGCGCUGAAGAAAAUCUAUGACCAAGAAGGAAAGCCUAAUUUGUUGGACAUGGGCUCAUUGAUCAUCAAACCCGUCCAGAGGAUCAUGAAGUACCCGCUGCUGCUUAGGGAACUGUGGCAGGCCACACCGGAAGGCCACCCUGACCAUCAGCCGGCGCAGGAGGCGUUCACUGCCGCCAGGAUCAUAAACGUGAACAUCAAUGAGUUCAAGAGGCGCAAAGACAUAGUUAUGAAGUAUAAGAAGUUAGAAGAUGAGGGCACGCUGAGGGGCAAACUAAACAAGUUAAACAUCCACUCCAUACGGAAGAAAGGAGACAGGUUCGCUGGUUAUCUCAAGAUCCUCACGGGUGUCGAACCACAGGUGAGAGAUGAAGUGUUCGAUAGAGAAGAAAAGCUUUUCAGGAGUCUGGAGAAAGCUGUGAGACAACUGGUCAAGAACAUUCACUGUUACAUGCAAAAUGUUCAGGAGAUGGUGAGUGUAGCUGUUCAGAAUGUGACGAACAUGGAAAAUAUAAUCAAGGAUUCAAACAAAAAUGACACAAAUGGUUCAAAUCAUAAUGGCAAGGACCCAUACAAACACUUUAGAGACAAAAUGGAGCAUUUGGUCCUGGCCCCGCUGUCAUCCCUGCAGGGCAUGUUCACAGCCCCACAGAAGCUCAUCCAGAAACGCUAUGACAAACUACUCGAUUACUGCUGUCGCCUGGAGCGCUCAUCUUCUCUUUCAUCCUCAUCAUCCACCGCUUCCUCCUCCCUGACACCGGUGUCGGAAGACCCACACGGUCCCGCCAGGAGGGAUUACGAAGCUCUCAAUGCUUUGCUGGUGGAGGAGCUGCAGAGGUUCAACAUGGCUGCUUAUACCAUCUUAACAAACAGCGUGGUGGGUCUGGCGGCUCUUCUCAGAGGGAUGAUGGGAAAUGCGCUCAUCGGUGCUCCGUUGAUCCACCAGCUACCGGCUCCGCUGUCCAACAUCGCUGAGGUGCAGAACAGCAUCAUGGAUGAGCUCAACAAUCUGACAUUCGUCAAGGAUAAUACUCAGAAGUUAAUGGAACGAAAAGUCAGCUUUGAGAGACAACGAGACAAGAAAAUAACAGUCCCGGAGGUGCAGCAUCAGACCGAGGAGCAGCGGGCCUGGCUGCUGGCAGAGUACCCGGUGAGCCGUCUGCACCAGCUGAAGAGGAAGUGUAACGGCUGCCAGGAGCAGGACCUCAGCCUGCUGGAGGGCGAGCUGGUGGCCCUGCUGGAGGACACGGACCCGCUAGGCAGCAGCAGCCGCUGGCUGGUGCACACCGGAGGUACACAAGGCUACGUUUACUCCACAUUCCUGAAGCAGUACAACCCUCUGAGGGACUCGCAGCGAGCCAGCCAGAUGGCCAAAGAACAGCAGCAGCAGCAGCCACCUGCCAUGGCGGACGAGGACUUUGAUGACCUCAGCCUGUUCGUGUCAGGAAGCGGCAGCAGCAGCCUGCACAGCUUCAACCUCAACACCGCCGACAGCAGCUCCACGCUCUCGGGUCUCCAGGGUGAGCUGGAGAACGCCGACGACCUGGAGGACCCUCUGGACACAGAAGCUCAGCAGUUUUAUGCCGUGCAUGCAUUUCAAGCCCGCUGUGAGCAGGAGCUGACCUUGCAGGAGUACCAGCACGUCCGCAUCCUCCAGUUUUGUGACCUUGGAGGCAAUAAAGAGUGGUGGCUGGCAGAGGCGAACGGACACAAAGGAUACGUCCCUGCCAACUACCUCGGUAGAAUGUCCUAUGCAUAAUCUGAGACUGACUUUCAAUGCUGUCAGAGACAAAAACAAAGGGGCAACAAAAUGUUUUCAUCCUCAAAAUUUUAUUUUUUUAACUUCUUAGAAAUUUAAGCAAUGCCCAAUGCUUUUUAAUGUGGCAUGAAACCUGCACCCAUUUACAGAUGCGUUUUGCAAAAUGCAAGUGAAAACAGAACCUUAAAUUUAUUCAAAAUAGUAUGAGGAAAACAUAACAAAUGUGGAAAGUGAGUUAGUUUAUUUUUUUUUUUUUUUCCAAAGGAGUCAUGCUCUAGUAGUUGUGGUAUAUAUUGUAAAGAGUUAAAUAAGUAAAUCCCCUCUAAAAAAAAAGAAGAUUAAUUUGGAUGGGAACAUAGAGUACAUAUACGGGCUCAAAAGCCCAUAUAUGUCGUCCAAUAUUAAUGGUUUCAUGUCUUUUACAAAAAGAGUGUCUCCUGAAGGUGUUACAGUUGAAGGGUUUAUGAUUUAUUCCAGAGUUUCUCCCAAUGGGAAGAUUUUAUCUGAACUUUCUAAUACAGGGGUUGACGAAUUCCGGAAAUUUACAGAAAAAUAACAGUGUGUAAACCAGAGUGAAAACAACCUCAGGUCUAUUAUGAGACGGUGACGACUUUCAGAGACAGAAAUAAAGCAGUUUUGAAGGAGGAAGUAAUUUUUGUAGCAAACUGGCAAUUAAUGUCAGCAUUUGGAGCAAUCAACUUAUUUCAGAAUCAAUUCCUAUUUUAACCCUCUCACAAGAUUCAAACCUGUGAUUCCAUAUAUGUAAUGGUCUGGAUUGGCUCCCUGCAGAUAAACCAAAUCUUUGUUAGAAUACAAAAAAAACCUAAUAUUAAAAAGUCUGUCCAGGAAUGUACAAGUGUCAAUAGACAAAACGAGUAGAGGUCAUGGCCUCGCCUCAGUACAACCGUAUCAGCACUGACGGUACUGAUGACAGAAGGCAAACAGGAGAAGCAGAGGACAUGAACUCUCCUCCUUUUGCGUUUAUGGACAAUAGUGCAUGUGACUUUUCAAGGCGACUUGUAAGGACUCAGGCAAGGUGGUGACUGGAAGAAGAUGCCCUUUGUUCAGUAACAAAGGUAAAAUAUAUAAAAUAGCAUGGAUAAGGAGCUUAUCCACACUAUCACUUAAGGAGAACUAUUUUUUUGUCCCGUCAGAGGUUUAAAAUACCAGUUUAUUUUGAUGCAGCUCGAUUGUUCCAGCUGCUAACAUUUAAUGCUGCAAACACAUUACCUUUUCUGACUCAGCUUUGAUUCAUGUUGUUUUAGCCCCUCGACCCCUAACCAUCAAAUCGUAGACCUAGGCUUGUUCCGACUCCAAAAUAUUCCUUUUUCCUUUUUACCAGUCUGGUUCAGAAAUAUGAAGUGCGGAAUAUUCAAAAUGAGCAUUUAUUUUUUGAAGAAACCAUAACAUUUCCAUUUCAACAGUUGAUGAAGUCUUUGCACUUUAAAAAAAAAUCUAAUGAUGUGUAUUUGGAAACUGCUUAAUUCUAUUUCAAGUGUCCCAUCUUUUUUUUUUUAUUAUUUGAAAGGGGGUUGUAAAACACAUUACUUUUAUAUUGUUAAGAUGUUAUCAGAAAGUGUUCAAAAGGAAACCGCUCUGCCUGUUGAACGUAGCGCGGGAGCUCACGAAGAAGCACUUACCGUUGAUUUAUGGGAAAUAUGGACAUCCCAUAAUUAUACAGUGCACUGUGCUGAGCACUUUUUAUAAUUCAGUGUUUCUUGAUGAAGUGAUUAAGUAAUGAAGUAAAUUGAAGGCUGGAAUUGAUUUUUUGGAUUUUAAAAAAUACCAGUAUGUGAAAAGAUUUAUGAAGAAUAUAUAAGAAAUGAAUUAUAUGUAAAGGCUAUAUAUGUAUAGGCUAUAUGACAGAAAUUGUACAAGAUAUUUUGUUCUCCAAUUAUCCUGAAAUGAAGAAAAAUGUCACCAUUUAAACUGUAUCAGUUACAUCUUGAAUAAAAAUGACCAAUGCUGUAAUUAAUUUCA